ACCGCCGUAAGGAAAAUACUCUGUCCGUGACGUAAUUUUCAUGAGACGGAAGUGGAAAAUUGUAGUCGUUAGAAAUCCUGAAAGUGACAUGACAAAUCAAACUGCAUACAGAAAAACAUAAAACAAGCCAAGUACAAGAACAGAUUUUUGUGAAAGUCUUCUUCACAAACAGAGAGGAUGCAUGGUCGAGUGAAGGUUAAAUCUACAGCCCAGCAGGAGGAGGAGAAAAGAAAGGAGAGGGAGAAGAAACUGAAGAUAUAUGUGGCUGCACGAGAUGCCUGUUUUUCUAAGAGGAAGGAGGGUAUUUGGGAUGAUGAGGCUCUCCAGCUGACCCAGCAGCUCCUAUCAUCCAAUCCUGACUUUGCAACCCUUUGGAACUACAGAAGAGAGAUCCUAAUGCACCUGGAGACUGUGAAGGAAGAGGAUGAAGUGCAAAAGAUUUACGAGGCUGAGCUGUCAUUCCUGGAGUCUUGCCUGAAGGUGAACCCAAAGUCCUACGGCAGCUGGCACCACCGAGGUUGGGUCUCAGCCCGUUUGCCUCGACCAGACUGGGCCAGAGAGCUGAGCCUGUGUGAUCGCUGCCUCAGCCUGGACGACCGCAACUUCCACUGCUGGGAUUACCGCCGGAUGGUUGUGAAAAUGUCCAGUGUGCCCGUGGAUCAGGAGUUGGAGUUUACUGAUCGUCUUAUUGGCUCCAACUUCUCCAACUACUCCAGCUGGCACUACCGCAGCACCCUACUGCCGCUGCUCCACCCGGAGUCUCCUGAGCCCCCGUCACCGUGCCGCGAGCCUCCCCACUCCUCCCCUCCACCUUCUCCGCAAACCCACUCCCAUCGCGUCUGUGAGGAGCAGCUCCUCAAAGAAUAUGAGCUUGUGCAGAAUGCUUUCUUUACUGACCCCAAUGACCAGAGUGCUUGGUUCUACUAUCGCUGGUUGCUAGGCAGAGCGGAACGUGAAGAGAUGAUAAGCUGUGUGUAUGUCAGUCGGGAUGAGGAGAGAGUGGCCGUCGCCUUCUCUAGGCCUGUUAAUGCUCAGUCUGUUGGCCUGCUGCUCGUGCUCGACGGUCAGCCCCAGAGAGUGGAGUGGAGGAGUGUCCACCCGCGCUUUAAACACAGCCCUGUCUGGAUCUGUGAUCUCCCUCCUGGAACAAUAAGCGACAUCACAAAUGAACACAAUCUGACUGUGCACUGGACUGAAAAACACACUCACAGAGACUGUGCUCUGUACACAGGUCGAACUGAGAGUUGGUGUCGGGACUCUGCCACGGAUCAGGAACUUUUCAGGAGCGAACUCUCAGUAGAGAAGACCUCAGUGUUACAGUCAGAGCUGCAGUCAUGCAACCAGCUACAAGAACUGGAGCCACUCAAUAAGUGGUGCUUACUGACCAUUAUCCUCCUCAUGAGGGCGCUAGACCCUCUGGGAUACGAGAAGGAGACACUUGCUCAUUUCCAAACACUGAAAGAAGUGGAUUCCAUGCGCUCUGCAUACUACAGCGACCUGUGCAGCAAGUUUAUGAUUGAAAACACCAUCCUGAAAAUGGAGUAUGCUGAAGUGCGAGUCUUCAGUAUUUCUGACAAGAACCUGGCCACUUUAUGCCACCUGGACCAGCUGUUAUUGGUUACCCAUAUCAAUCUGUCCUCUAAUCAGCUGCAGCGGCUGCCUCCUCAGUUCGCUAUGUUGCAGUGCCUGGAGGUCUUGGAGGCUGAUAACAACUCCAUAGAAAACCUGGAAGGAGUGUAUCACCUUCCCAAACUGGAGGAGGUCCUCUUGAAAAAUAACAAAAUCUCUACAUUGGCAGAUCUCCAGCCGCUGGCCUCCUGCCCCAAGCUGAAACGCCUUGAUCUCCGUGGCAACCCUGUCACUCAGUUGGCCAACAUCGAGUCGGAGUUAGCCGAGCUGCUGCCCUCAGUCACAGACCUCCUGCUCUGAUCAGACGGAGGAGGCAUCCCUUCGUUCAAUUGUCCUUCACAUUCUCGGGCGUGUUUGUUUGUGAACGAACAAGUGGGUGUUUUUCAAGCGUCUUGUUUGUUCCACUUGUUUGGGAGACUGUCAAUCACACCGACCCCUGAGGGUCUGAAACCCUGAUGCCUCAGAGCAUAUGUCAGAAACCUCUCUAAUACCUUCAUUGAAAUGUCUAGAUUUAUGUGUGUAUGUGUGAGUGAAUGCGUAAUAACCAAUGUUGCAUUUCUUUAGUUGUGUGUGUGUGUGUGUGUGUGUGUGUGUGCGUGUGUGCGUACGGAUGUCCUUAAUACAACAAACCCAAAUGCAUGCAGAAACACUGAUAAUGGAGUAAAUUGACUGUAUAUGGAUUGGUGUGCAGCAAUGCUGGCUUAUUGCUUCUGUAAGCUUUAAAACUGUUGAAUUUGAAGAAAAGCUUAUAACAAAUGACCAGAGCAUCUCAUAGUUCUCAUUCACUUUUUUUUUAAAGGUUGUUUAAAGCAUUUAAUAUAUGACACUAUACUGUUGCACAGUAAGUCACAGAUCCAGUAAUAAAACAGCACACAUUGUGUCACUGCCUUCCAAAAA